AGGUCUACACAGUAAACAAAAGUUUCCGUUAAACUAGGUCAACCCUGUUGAUGUGUGGUUUCAUCCUCUCACUUAAAAUCUAAAAUGUUUUAAUCUAUUUAUUUAAUUCACACCAUGGAAAUAUUAGCUGACAAAGCAAUACUUCAUAGGUGUACCAUUUUAAAAAGUGUUUUAUUUUGCUCACAGUUACAACAGAAACCCAGCAGAGAGGAGACAAACAAGACCAAUUGUUUGUGAAAGGGAAAGAAAGCGAAAAGGAAAGUUUCGGUGGUUCGAUGUCUGAGAAAACAUUUGCAAGGUGCGGAAGUGCAUUCAUUGUUAACUGAAUCUUAGGCAUUGAAAGCAUUGAGUUCUUUGUUUUGUUUGUUUUUUUAUGUUUAUUUUUUCUCAACUGAUGAAGAAUAUGAAUCACUCAUUGUUUGUUUUGCUCUGUCUGCUAUGGUGCUUAAAUGGCGCUCCAGAGGAUUCUUGUCAUGCAAUAAAGACAGCGAUGAAUGACACACAUAUACCUGAUAUCCCAACUCCUAACAUGGUCAGAGAUUUUUCAUCAUCUAUAAAGAAUUGUGUCAUUAAGUGUUCUGUGUCGAGUGUAACACAGGCAAAUCUCUUGUGGUAUAACGGAAGUGGUGUAUACACCAGCCUGAAGAUUACUGAUCUCAACACCAGAUUAUAUCUAGAGGUGGACUAUCAGGAUAAAAACAAUUACAGCUGUGUUGUGUCCAGUUCAGUUGCCAAUGUGACCUUACAUCUCAACAUUACUAAACUCUGUCAGCAGCCAUGUUCAGAUAACAUUUCAACUUUGAUGCCAGUGAGUGAGGGAGAAUCUUUCACUUUAUCCACUAACCUUACUAAACUGCAGGACAAUGAUUUCAUAACAUGGUAUUAUAUAAACAAAUGGAUUGCUCAACUCCAGGGAAACAAAACCGAAUAUAAAUUGAAUGAUAGAUUCAAUAACAGACUUCAGCUGGACAUUAAUACUGGAGCUCUCACUAUCACUAACACCAGUAAAAUCCACUCUGGACUCUAUAAACUGCUGAUCACCAAUGGAGCACAUCAGAAAUGUCUGAAUUAUAAUGUUACUGUAUAUGAUCGUCUGCCCACUCCUAUCAUCACCAAUGACUCGACACAAUGCUCUUCAGAAAAUUUAAAAUGUGUUGUGAUGUGUUCAGUGAAUGUGACACAUAUGACUCUUUCCUGGUAUAAUGGAAGCAGAUUACACUCCAGCAUCAAUGUGUCUGAUCUUAAAAGAAGUAACUUUCUUUGUCUGGUGAUUGAAUAUCAGGAUAACAACACAUACAGCUGUGUGGUGAACAAUUCAUUCACCAACAAAACUACACAACUCAACAAGAGUGCACUAUGUAACGACCACAGUCAGCCAUCAAACUACACUGAUAUUAAAAUUGGUGCUUCUGUUGGUGGUGUUUUUGCUUUCAUUGUUUUUGUUGGUUUGGUCUGUUGCUGUUAUAACAAGAAGUUCCCAUGUCAAAAGGAUACCAGUGAAGAUCAACAAGUGGCCAACACUCCUGGACAAGCAAAUGCAGAUGACAGUGCAGAUCAAGAGCAGACCAGUAGCACUUCUGCACAAAACAAUGCUGGAGCAGGCACUUCAGGCAACAACCCUGAGGAAGAUACACCUCUGAUAGAUCAACCAUCAUCAUCAUCACCACCACAGGAGUCUGUGCCUUUUAAGCAGCUUUGCUGCAAAUAGUUACAGAAACCUUCAGUUAGAUAAACUAUAAUCCAUUCAAAGAGUCUUCAUGAAGCUGUUACAUAAUUGAGAUUUUCAGCUUAAACCAUCACAGAUCCAGCACUGUGUUUCACCGUGGACACACAAACUUCUCUGUAGCUUUUCUACAACUCUAUUAUAUCUGAGAAAGAAACUGAAAGUCGACUCAUCAGAGGACAAUACUUGUUUUACAAUGACACGGCUGACACCAUUGAAACUGACAUUUGGUAUUGGAACAAGUGACCAAAGGUUUGCCUAUACCAGUACGACUAUGCUCCCAACAAACAUUAUAUCCAUUUUUAUUUAAUUCAUUAUUUUGUACCUACUUUCAUUUGAUAAAUAUUUAAUAUUUAAA